GGGCGGAGCCACAUCAACGCACCCAAGGUUGCUGCGUCCAAAUGCACAAGAAGCAACAACGGCCUGAACUGUCUGGAGUCCGGUUCCUCUGCCGCACCGAGCGGUAAGCAGCCCGGUGUGGCCAGCAACGUCGUGAUGGAGGAGACGGAGGACGGAGAAGAGGAGUCCAAGUUUCAGCAUCCACGGUUGCGCCGAGCCGGGGGGGGCGGCAGUGGCGGAGGUGGAGGAGGAGGAGGCGGCGGCAGUAUCAGGAUGAAGAACUUUACGCCAGGAGGGGGAGCCUCGUCCUCGGCUUCCAAGAGAAACUCCAACAAGGAGCCCUGCCUUACGCACACAGAGGACGCUGCUGUUUCUCCACGGCCCACUGCUGCCUCCAGCGCUACCCAGACACAGACACUCUGUCCGAGCGAUGCUGCCCAGCGCGGAGAGACCAGCAGAGCAUCUGGGGCGGAGGAGUCGGAAUCUGCGGUAGCGGGAGAGGUUUUAAACGCGACAGCGGGUGAUGGUUGCAACAACGUUGCUCCAAUUUGCAGCAUGAAAUGCAACAAAAACGGAGAAUGCAGGAGGGACUCGGGUACCGGGAGCCUGCGCUCAAUCAUCUCCAAACAAGAGAAGCAGACAGGAGGGUCGGGGAGGGCCGAGGACGGAGGGAGCACCAAACGAGGAGCGUGUAACUCGACUACCGCCAGCAUGGACGGCUCGAUCACACCAGGCGGGUCCCUCACCGGGGGGCAUGGAGGACUGGCAAACACCGACGCUACUCCCGUAUCCGGUGAUGUGCCCGAGAAGAAGGACUCCAAGGUGUCCUUCUCUAACGCACCAAGCCGGAAAGCCUCAUCCUCACUGCAUGGCCCGACUCAGACUCAGAUCCAGCAGCCCAGGAACUCUGUCACUUUCCAAAAGCCCGAGGAUGGACCACCAAUUGUGCCCGCCGAGGAUGCGGAACCUCGAGGCAGCCAAGCCAGCUUUAUGCAGCGGCAGUUUAGUAGUAUGCUGCAGCCUGGAGUUAACAAAUUCUCCUUACGCAUGUAUGGUAGUCAAAAAGCAGUGGAGAAAGAGCAGGAGAGGGUCAAAUCAGCUGGGAACUGGAUUAUCCACCCUUACAGCGACUUCAGGUUCUACUGGGAUUUCACAAUGUUGCUGUUUAUGGUGGGCAACCUGAUUAUCAUCCCCGUCGGGAUCACCUUCUUCAAGGAAGAGACCACUGCUCCCUGGAUCAUCUUCAAUGUGAUCUCUGACACCUUCUUCCUCAUGGACCUGGUGCUCAACUUUCGCACUGGAAUCAUCAUUGAGGACAACUCGGACAUCAUUUUGGACCCUAAAACCAUUAAGAUGAAGUACCUAAAAACUUGGUUCAUUGUGGACUUUGUCUCCUCCAUCCCAGUGGAUUACAUAUUCCUCAUAGUGGAGAAGGGAAUCGACUCAGAGGUGUACAAGACUGCUCGGGCCCUGAGGAUUGUCCGCUUUACCAAGAUCCUAAGUCUCCUGAGGUUGUUGAGGCUCUCCAGAUUAAUACGUUACAUUCACCAAUGGGAAGAGAUCUUCCAUAUGACAUAUGACCUGGCUAGUGCUGUGAUGCGGAUCAUUAAUCUGAUUGCUAUGAUGCUGCUGCUGUGUCACUGGGACGGCUGCCUACAGUUCCUGGUUCCCAUGCUGCAAGACUUCCCCUCUGACUGCUGGGUGUCCCUGAACAAGAUGGAGAAUGAUACCUGGUCUGAGCUGUACUCUUUUGCCGUAUUCAAGGCCAUGAGCCACAUGCUGUGCAUCGGUUAUGGCCGCCAGGCCCCAGAGAGCCUAUCAGAUAUUUGGCUCACUAUGCUGAGUAUGAUUGUAGGAGCGACUUGCUAUGCUGUUUUUAUUGGCCAUGCAACAGCUCUUAUCCAGUCACUGGACUCCUCCAGACGGCAGUAUCAAGAAAAGUACAAACAAGUGGAGCAGUAUAUGUCCUUCCACAAGCUGCCUGCUGACUUCCGACAGAAAAUCCAUGACUAUUAUGAGCACAGAUACCAGGGCAAGAUGUUUGACGAGGAGAGCAUUCUGGGAGAACUCAGCGAGCCUCUCAGAGAGGAAAUUGUUAACUUCAACUGUCGCAAGCUGGUGGCAUCCAUGCCACUGUUUGCCAACGCAGAGCCAAACUUUGUGACAGCCAUGUUGACCAAGCUGCAUUUUGAGGUAUUUCAGCCACAGGAUUACAUAAUAAGGGAGGGCACCAUUGGAAAGAAAAUGUACUUCAUCCAGCAUGGAGUAUGCAGCGUCAUUACCAAGGGCACCCUCGCAAUGAAACUGUCUGAUGGCUCUUAUUUUGGAGAGAUCUGUUUAUUGACGAGGGGUCGUCGAACAGCCAGCGUACGAGCAGAGACUUACUGUCGACUCUACUCUCUGUCUGUUGACCACUUCAAUGAGGUGCUGGAAGAAUAUCCCAUGAUGAGACGAGCCUUUGAGACCGUUGCCAUUGACCGUCUAGACCGCAUAGGCAAAAAGAACUCCAUCCUGAUGCACAAGGUCCAGCAUGAUCUCAACUCUGGUGUCUUCAACAAUCAGGAAAAUGAGAUGAUCCAGGAGAUUGUCAAGUACGACCGUGAGAUGGUGAAACUGGUGGAUCUGCAGCGGCCUCGGGCCAUGUCUAUGACCCCUUCCAUUGGUGGUAUCUUUGCUCCCCCUGGUCAGCCGCAGACCGGCUCUGCUAUCGCCACCCUCCAGCAGGCUGUGGCCAUGAGCUUCUGCCCUCAGAUGGUGGGUCCAGGGACUCUGCAAUCUCCUCGUAUGGUGCGAAGGUUCCAGGUGAUGCAGAACCUGUCCAGCCCAGUUGCCAUGUCUCCUCUUCAGUCUCAGCCGCCUCUGACACUCGGAGGGGCAUUUGGAUCUGCGGUCUCCAGCCCACCUGUCCAAAGCCCACUUGCAGCUCCAGGACGGACUUUCCAGUAUAUGGCGAGCGCAGGACCAUCUGGAUCCCAGUUGUCCCUAGUACAGCACCAUGCACCCAGUCCCACACAGACCCAGCAGAGGCCUGCCUCACACAAGAGUGCCCACUCACUUCAUACAGGCAACUUGAACCAGGAUUCCCGGGCCCUGUCUGCCUCACAGCCUUCACUUCCCCAGGAGGGAAUACCACAAGCUGCCUCUGCAGCCCCCAGCCCUCCGCCCUCCACCUGCACAUCCAGUACCUCCAUUGGCCCAACUCAGCCCUCUCACUCGAGCCUGCCUGGGCCCUCGGGGGUGGGAAGACCAGCGGUGGCUCAGCAGAGGGUGGCCUUUGCCUCCACACCGCCUCCCGGUGGACCUGCGGGAGCGGGGGCAGUAGCAGCAGCAGCAGCUGGAACAGGACCUCCAGACUCUGGAGUUCCCAAGAAAGAUUCAAUUGUCAGCCUUCCAGAGCUAGACUCUGCCAGAUCCCGGCUGUCUUCCAACUUGUGACCCUGGUAGAGUUCAGGAAAGAGGCCUUUUUUGUAUGAGAAUCUGUUUGUCUUAGGUCAGUCCAGCUGAUCUCUCAGCCUGCUAAAUGACCAGUCAGCUACCGCCCACGCCACCAGUCAUCUGACAUGGACGCAAUGUGUGCUGGUGUCAGCAGAACGAAAAAAGCAACUCAGAGUCCUGAGAGACUUUGGCUAGGAGCACUCUAUACAAUUAAACUAGUAUAAGUUAAGGUUGAACUGGUCUAGUCUACCGUGCCAGCACUUUUAGUCUUAGUAUCAGCCCCUACACUCUGCUUCCAAACACCUACUGUAUAUCGCUGUCUUUAUCGUUAAAGAUAUGAAGAAAAGUAUGUGUAAUGUAACUACUGCAUACUGUGUAGAAUCCAUGCAAUGCAAUCUAGCAGGAGCUGGACUUAAAAAUGAAAAUCAGGGACUUGAGGUCAAAUGACAAUGACAUUUUAAGUGUUCAACAAAUGUUUUGAGUGUAAUUUUUCUGUAUAAGUUGUCGUAGCAAAAGAAUGCAUUGCUCUUCAUAUUGUUUAAAAUGAUAGUGAAAACAGUGUUUUAGACCGCUGGUCGAUCUUAAGUCAAUGUGUAUAUAGUUGAUGAAAAAAGUACGGAGGGAUAUUAUAUUCAUUGUAUCUACCCAAACCAAAGUUGAGCUUGAACACAAAGUCUGGUUGUGUCUGUAUCAACUAAAAAAGAAACAUAGAAGAAAAUGCCAUUUAUUUAACUGCCUUGAUUCGAUGUUAGAAGCCAUAUAUUUGGUUUGUGUGUAUGUAUGUAUAUACGUAUGUGAAGUUUGUGUGUGUGAAUUUAUUGGUAUGUUUUGGUUCAAUUUUUGUAGAAUGGACUCACACACUCUACAAUGUUUGUCAAGCAUGCUUUGUUUGACAUGCUGACAGUGGCCCUGAGCUGUUUUCAUGAAACAUCUGGAUUGUGGCCAGCUGUUUUGUCAGCUUACUGAUUGUAACCCUGAAGGCAAAGGUGGUAAAAUAAUCUGAGCUUUAUUGAAAGGAAACAUUUGUGAACAACCCAUACUGUAUACUUGCUUGUUUUUGUCUAGGUUUAUUGAUUAACACAUGCAAUAUAAUUCUGCAAUACUCUCCCCCGCCUAUAUAUAAAAAAUAUAUGAAUAUAAAUAUCUAUACAUAUGCUGUACAGGAAAGAGAACUUUUGUUUUUCCUUUAGUUUUCUUUUUAAUGUUAAAUUUUAAAGACUCCAGCAACUGUUGUGGCUUCAUCUGAGGUAUUGUAAUCCAGUGACCAUGUUGUUACCUUAACCAAAAAUGUUUGAAGGAACAAGGGGACGCACGGUGUCAUUGUUGUAAAAAGCACGGGACAAAUUGUAGAAUCCACACUUUAGGUUCAGCAAGUCAUAUCCUCAAAAAUGUCACUUUUGGGGGGUGGGGGCGGGGUGGGAGCCAAUGUGGGGCAGUAAUCCCUCACUUGUAAAAAUUCUCUAUAUUUCUAUGUGCCCUGUGACAGCCCGGACUCCCAUGAAUGUCUCAACAUUUAGAGCCACAACAAUCCUAUAAUUCAAAUUUGGAGGCUGAGGCUUUUGUUAUAUUGAUUCUAAUUAGUCUGAUCCCGUUGAACCUACAAGCCUUCUCUUUGCUGAAUGUAUGUCGAACGAGAAGGAAGACAGCAAAUCAAAUACAAACUGCCAUGUAAAUAAAGAGACAGAGAUUUAAAGAGGAUUUUAUGAUGCAAGGGGGGUGUGGGCAUUGUUGCAUGUGUUGCUGAGUGUUUGUGCAAUUUUUUUUUUAGGUUUGUUGAUGCUUCUCUGGGUUGAACAUCGCUGUAUUUAAUCUGUGUGCUUCCCCCCGACCCCCUACACACACCCAAUCCCCAAAUCUCACAUGAGAAGAUAUAGUUUUUUAGUUUAUUUACUGAGGUGGGCCUGAAUGAGAGCGAGUCGUAACCACUUUGAACUCCUCGGUCCAAAGCGAGCGCUGAAGAUUUCCAGUCAAGCACCUUGUGUUGCACUAUGACCUUGUGAUCAAAAUGAAAAUCAAUACUGUGUUCUCCUAAAACAGUUGCAGUCUUCUCCUGGUCCCAAUAUCUGUUUAAACUGUAAAAACAAAAUGUGAAUCCAACUGGGAUAGAAAAUAGGCAGCUGAUUCAAUAUAUUAAAUAACACAUUGUUUCAGCUCUGAGCAUCGAUCCAGAGUCAGGCUGUAAAAUUGAUGCAAUGCACAUUUCACUCAGGUUUGCUACCUUUCCAGAGUGAUGUAUUCAUCACCGUAGCAUGGCUUUGCCUUCAUUUAUGUAGAUUUGUCUAUCCUCAAAUAAUCAGUUUGUUGGUUUGACCAUGCUGAAAGAUUUCCUUUCGGUUUUGAUUGGCCGAGAAAAAAAAGGCAGAUCUAGUAGAGUCAUAAUCCUUAAAUUGUUAUUAGCAUAACCCCCUGUCAUUUUGUUUUGAUCACUUUUUCUGAGAGCUGGUUAAAUCUUGAAACAAGGUGUAGGUGAUUGUUUUUACCCAAGGGCUUCAUCAUAUGGCUUGUAUUCCCUGGCACAUUGUUACUAUAGAGCAGCCACGUGUUCACUUCCUGUUUGAUCAAUAACAUGCACUAAACCUUGCUCCUUGUCAUACCUGGGUCACAGUGCUGUGACUCAUUUCAUCAGCAACACAGGAACUUUGUAUUGCUUUUUUUCCUAUGGGAAAGGUACAUACCAAAAUGCCAAUACAGUUGUGAAUGAUCUGCGUCCAUUUCAGUCAGUAGCUGUUGUCUGCUUCAGUACUGUUCCGGUGCAAUCAGUUGGUCCCCUUCCCUGUUCCUUUGUGCUAAUACCAGAGUCUGCCCUAUUAAGCUGCUAUCAGGACUGUGCUGAUAUUAUAUGAAUGAGUCCACAGUCAGUGAGAGCAAGAUGGAAGGAGAGUUAAAGAGCUAAUAUUUCAGGCAAUAUCAGACACUGUCUCUGUUUCAUUGCAUCCAUCCAGUCCGAUAGUGUAGUGCAGUCCCACUCAAAGGUCGGCAUCCUGGACACUUUGAUCAGUACCACUCUGUUUGAACCCGCAGCCACGAGGAAGAUACAGCACAUACUUCUGACAGUUAUCUGUUUUGUGUCUGUGUCACAAGUGUUCGGUCAGUUGGCUUCCAGUCUCCGCUGACAUGUUGUGUGUGUGUGUGGGAUAUAGUGCUGUGUUUGCCUGAUGACUAGGGGUUCAAAGUGUGAUUGUUUAACGGUUCUUCUUCUGGAUCUUGCUGUGAAGUGGGAUUGGAAUCCCUCAUGUUUGAUACUGACUGACAGUUAUUGAGAGUAUCCAAGUUUCAAACCUCUCAUUCUUGUUGUACCAGAUAUUAAAGGUACCAAAUGCCUUGGUGUUGAGAUGUUAGCAAAUCAGGGUAUUAUUUUUGUUUGUAAAAGUGUCUUUUAUUUAUCAGUAUAUUUUGUUUGGACAUUGUUUUUACAAUGUGCCCCAUGCACACGGACUGUAUAUACCUUGUGCCUAGUAUAUCUAGUUUCCACAUAGUCUAUUUUUGUGGUAUGUAUGUGCCUGUAAAAUGCAAAUAUGUGGUUUUAUUUUCAACUUGCAAUAUAUUUAAAAUCAUUAUUUGAAGACUAGCAUUGCUGAAUUAAAAUGACAAUGUCAGUAUAUAUAAUUUUCCCUCAUUUGGGAAAUACAAAAUUGCACAUUUUUGUUGGUUUGAGCCUUCCAACACCAUGCGCGCUGUAUGCUGUACUUUCAUGUUCUGUACAUAUGGUAUACACAGGGAUGUGGGGCACAUUGCUGUGUUUUUACCACAACCUGCUGUGCAAGAAAUCUUUUCUACACUAAGAGGGUGAGCUCUGAGAGGCUUCUGGUGGAUAUUGGCAGUCUAGACGUUAGCUUAGAUGACCUGCUUGUUGCACGGAGCCAGAAAUGACAAAAACAAGUCAUCAAUAAAACUGUGGAGAUGCUUGCACAAUAACAAUACAGAAAUAAAACUAGCCUGUGCACAAAGUUGUUUUCUCAGAUCAUACUGUUGCACAUUUCUUUAAACUCUGAUGCUGAUUGCACAAUGAACAGAUGUUUGCCAGUUAAAAAAAUCAAGAUCUCUCCAAAGCAGAAUUUGGCUCAAGGGCCCCAGCAGUCAUGAGCUUGGCUUCCGGCUGAGUUACCUUGACAUAUAAUAGCAGAGUGCAUGCUUAUAUUUCUCUCAUUUACAUAGAGUUGUGUGCAUGAUUUUUAGUGGGACCUUCAAACCUAGACAUUGUCAUGUACCAACUACUGUACAAUGAUUUUAUUUAGUCUAACAGUUAAACGUUUGUGUCGUAGCUAUUGUAGCCUGCUUAGCUUACCUAAGCCUUCUCUCUGCUUCAGGUCACUGUGUAUUGUGUGCUUGAGUUUGUGUGUGUGUGUGUGUGUUCCUGUGCCUUUCCUUCUAUAAUGUUGGUCCCACUUGAGAAUAUGAUGCUAUUUAGGGGUUUGAAACCCACAUGAAGCAGAGAGACGCCAGCACAAGCUGGAAAGUAUUACAGGGUCGACUCCAUUUGUUCUAUAAACACAGGAAGAAAAAAGAAAAAAACAACAACACUGUAAUGCUCCUAGAAAUGACUCUGGCACAUCCCUAGACUUAGUAGCAUUCCACAACCUGCACGAGCAGCAACGAGACACACCUUACCAGCACCAUAUAGACAACAGCACAGAUAUCUGACACAGUAUGUGUUCUGUCUGUCUCUGGAGGCCAGUGUGCAACCAUCUCAGGCUCUCCUCAGCUUCUGCUCUUAACAAAAUUGUUCAAGUAUUUCAGAACCCCAGCUAUGUCUAAGUUGAUGUCUACAAUUCAGGAGCAAAUCAGUACCCAGUCCGAGUCGCAGCAAGAUCUCAAAGGAUCAGGGGGGAUAUUUGGGAUGCUGGUGAUUUUUCUUGCCAUCCAGUCCUUUCAGACUGAAAUACGCAGCUAAUGGCAAUGGCAGGGGGCUGAUUUGAACCUGUGUUUAAAAGGCUGUCUUGUCCACCACCUCUGCUGGCUGAAAACACAGAGCCACACCCUAGUGUCUCUCAAUAAGCUGAUCUGUCAGUCAGUGGCAAUGUUGUUUAAGCGUUCGUAUAAAGAUGAUACAUUGUUGUGCAAUAAAAAGAUGAGCGCA